AAGAAAGAAAGAAGAGGGAGAGGGCAGGAAAAGAAGAGAAAGAAAGGAGAGAGAAGAGAGAGAAAGAAGAGGAGAGAGAGAGGGAGCAACCCCUCUCUAGUCUCUUAUUCUUUUCUUCUCCGAAACAGGGGACACCCUCCCCCUUUCUCUCCUCCCAACGGUGGCGGCGGAAGAUCCGAGGCCGGCCACGUACGACGUCUCCCGACGGCGGCGAAGCGGUGGCUCCGUCAAUGACCAUGACCGGCGGCGGUUGGCAGCCACCAGCUGAAGGGAAACAAAUUCGGAAGGAAAUCAAGAAAAAUAAAGGGGCCGGACUUCGUUCAGAAUUGGACUGCUUGCCGGCGACCGAGGCCCCUUCACACGGGUCUAGGAGAGCACCCAGAAAGUUUGGCCGGAGGUCCGACCGGCCAUUAAAAGGAAUCAAAAGAAAGUUAGGGCGGAUCCCAAAAUCAGGGGAUCCCUUUGCCAUUUUGAAGCGAUCUCCCGUCGAGAUCCCGACCGGCGAUAAUGGCUCGAUGGACGGCGAGGCCAGAGGAGGGUAGGAGCUUGGUAGCACUGCUCCGGCGAGGCCCUAAGCAGGAUAGCAAGGCGAGGAAAGGCGACGGCUAAGCAAGAACAGGGGCUGGCCGGCAUACUCUUAUAAUGCCUCCUUUUUGGUUACUUUCAACAAUUUUAGUAUUGCAGGUUGUUACUAAUGUGAGCGGAGAGCGGUUGUCCAACAAUUCGCAAGCCUGCUCAUCUGUGAGAAUUGAUGUUCAAGAUAAAUAUGUGAUCAUAGAUAAUGGCAUUCUCCAGUUGACGCUAUCAAAUCCUGGUGGGAUUGUGACAGGAGUUGGAUAUAGUGGUGUCGAUAAUCUGAUGGAAGUUGGUAACGGAGAAGAUAACAGAGGGUAUUGGAAUCUUGUGUGGAGUGGAAAUAGAGACGCCCGUACAUUUGAUAGGAUAGAAGGAACAAAUUUUAAAAUAAUAUUUCAGAGUGAAGAGCAGGUAGAAGUUUCAUUCACAAGAACAUGGACACCAUCCCUCAAUGGCACGCUUAUCCCCUUAAACAUAGACAAAAGGUUUGUAGUGCUCCAAGGCAGCUCAGGAUUCUAUACCUAUGCAAUCUUUGAACACCAGGAAGGAUGGCCUGAAUUCGAUAUAGGGGUACUGAGGGUUGCUUUCAAGCUUAGAAAUGACAAGUUUCACUACAUGGCAUUAUCAGACAAAAGGCAGAGAAUCAUGCCCAUGCCUGAAGAUCGCAUGCCUGAAAGAUGUCAGCAGUUAGCAUACCCUGAGGCUGUCCUCCUCACUAAUCCAAUUAAUCCAGACCUCAAAGGAGAGGUGGAUGACAAGUAUCAAUACUCCAUCGAAGAUCAAGACAACAAGGUCCAUGGAUGGAUAAGUUUUGAUCCUCCAAUUGGCUUUUGGCAGAUCAGUCCUAGUGAUGAGGCCCGAACAGGAGGGCCUGUUAAGCAGGAUCUAACCUCUCAUGUUGGUCCUACAACCCUCGCUAUAUUUGUCAGUUCUCACUACUCUGGGGAAGCACCUAAAUUUGGGAAUGGAGAGUACUGGAAGAAAGUUUUUGGCCCUGUGUUUAUUUACCUUAAUUCUGCUUCAAAUGGGAAAGAUCCAAAAACACUCUGGCAGGAUGCGAAAAUGCAGAUGCAGAGAGAAGUCGAGAGUUGGCCUUAUAGCUUUCCGGUUUCAGAGGACUUCCAAAAGAGAUCACAAAGAGGUUCUGUUAGUGGUAAAUUACUAGUUCGAGAUAGGUUGAUACAUGGUGAAGACAUUUAUGCAAACGGUGCUUAUGUUGGUUUGGCUUUACCAGGAGAAGCCGGAUCUUGGCAAAGAGAAUGCAAGGGAUACCAAUUUUGGACCAGAGCAGAUGCUAAUGGGAGUUUCUCAAUUAAAAAUGUCCGAACUGGACAAUAUAAUCUUUAUGCAUGGGUUCCUGGCUUUGUCGGGGAUUACAAAUAUGAUGAAAUGAUAACAAUCACCUCAGGAAACAAUAUUGAUUUCGGUGACCUUAUUUAUGAACCCCCAAGGCAAAAUGUCACCUUUUGGGAAAUAGGCAUCCCUGACCGUUCUGCUGCUGAAUUCUAUAUUCCAGAUCCAAAUCCUAAAUAUGUUAACAGGCUCUACGUCGAUGAUCCAGUUAACAGAUUCAGGCAAUAUGGCCUAUGGGAAAGAUAUGCAGAUUUAUAUCCAGACAGUGAUCUUGUUUAUACAAUUGGUAAAAGCGACUAUAAGAAAGAUUGGUUCUUUGCUCAUGUUACGAGGAAGAUUGGUCAGAACUCAUAUCAGCCUACCACAUGGCAGAUUAAGUUUCAUCUUGACAGUGUUAGUAAUCAAUCUGGAAGUUACAAGCUUCGACUAGCACUUGCAUCUGCUGCUCAUUCUGAACUACAAGUCCGUUUCAAUGACUUGAAAGCAAAUCCUGCUCACUUUACAGCAGAGCUGAACGGUAGGGACAAUGCAAUUGCAAGACAUGGAAUCCAUGGUUUGUAUUGGUUCUACAAUAUCGAUGUACAAAAUACCUGGCUUGUUCAAGGUGCUAAUACAAUAUUUCUCACUCAAGCUAAUAGCCAGGGCCCUUUUCAGGGAGUUAUGUAUGACUACAUCCGAAUGGAAGGACCCCCAUACCUUUAAAUGGAAAGAAUUGAUCUUCUUGUUUACUUGUCGCAUUGGACAAAUAAUACAGAGUAUUAAAGUCAUGAAUGAUCAUGAACUCUUGCACCAGAAA